AUGGGCCACGCUUUUUGCCUUCCUGAAAAGCGCGGAAAUGAUGCACGACCAUAUUUUGGUGCGCCGAUUAGUGACUUGAUUGUGUGUGAGCAGAAUGAGGUACAGAAGUCCACAAACUGCAUUUUAGGUGUUCCACUGAUACUACAGGACGUGGUCUUUUACUGGAACGCACAGUCUAAUACUAAGGGUGAGAAUGGAAAGGCUGACGUGUCGCCCAACAGCAGUUGGGUGGAUGAGGUGGAGCAGACGUUUAACAAUUUUGUGAGGAAGCGAAAACUCCUGACUAGUAGUGCGUCUGCUGUAAAGGCACCAAAGAAGAACGCUAAAAAGACGAAUAAGCACGAGAAGCGACUGUUUCAGAAACCAUUUGAAGCACUUACCAGUAAGACGACAUUGCAUGCUCAGCACUUUAUGGCAAUCAUCACCCUUUUUUUACGGAAACUACCAGAACCCUUGCUACCAGUUCCCGUCGCACGGAAGAUGGAAGAUAUACUGACAAGUGGACCUUUGACUCCGACUGCGAAACUGCGGGCGAUUGGAAAGGUGUUUCGAGAAACGUAUAGUCUCGCAAACCCCAGAGAAUACGCUUCCUUUCAGUACUUGCGCCAGGUUUUGCACCAACACCACGCAGAACUGAAAACAAACGAAGUCGAAGCGUUGGUUCGGGCGAUGUUGCGUGACCACCGUGCGCCAGUGGAGGAAUAUUUAAUAGAACUGCUAUGGCCGACCGCUGAUGGUGAGGGCAAAAUGAAAGCCGGAACAGCGGAGGCGGACAGCACAACCCCGGCAGACGAGCGGGACAAUGCUGUAGAUGGCGAAGCCAAGGCUUUACCUCAACAUCUCCACGACUCAAAUAGUGAAACGGAUUCAUCUCCUCCUAAAGUGGUCGAUAGACCAACUGAUGUGGUUAAAGCGGGAAAGCAAAAAAAAGAGGAUGUUGCGAAUGAUGAAUGUGUGCGGAAGAAUGCAGCGCCACCUCCUGCGGAGAAGGAUUGUAAAGUUGAGGAGGACGCUGCAGGUGCUCAGUCGCAGCGGGAGGACAUGAGUCCGCAUUCUUCCCGCACCUCCGACACUCAUAUUCUGGAAGUGGAAGAACAUGGUGAUGAGGUUGAGGCUUUUCACCACGUUAAUGGCGAACACUGCGGGGAUGUUGACGGGCUUGACCAUGACAAAUCGGUGGAAUGUAGGGUAACGCAAGUGGGGUCAGAAAGUUGUGCGGGUCCCGGUGAGGGAACAGUGGAUGAAGAGGGACCGCUGCAGGACGUCGUGGAGAGUCCCACCGUAAGUGAUGGGGCCUCGUGCGUCGAUAGGAGGGGAGGGUUAGCUCACGCGAUUACCGAUGCCAGCGAAACUGAAGUGUGCGAUGUUGUUCAGAGAGGCAGUAGGGAGGAUCGUGGAUGUGUGGAGUUGGAUAAUGUGGUUGACACACCCGACGGGGGCCAUUACUCUACCGCGGCGGCCAAAGGCAAACUGAGGCAAGCCAACAGGCCAGUACAUCGAGACGAGCGAUUGUCUGCCAGUGGUGAUGCAGCAAGUCAAAUCGGGGGUCCACUGACGGCAACGACAGCAUCUCUUACAAACAAUCAAUUUGCACCACGCAAACCUAGAGACAAGCCGAGGACCGGUCGAUCGCGAAAAAAUUUGAGGGUCCUCACUGAACGGCACCCACAACAAGUGGCACUUCUUCGGGCAAAGCAGCUUUUUCUUGCUGGCGGCGCCGGUGCAACGGAGCUUCCUUCGUUGCCCAAUCAGCCAGCCUCCUCACCACCAGGUGGUGAGUUAGAUGAUGGCGAUUGCUGCGUUAGUAGUGUUGAUCCAUCCUCAACGCGGAUCGCUGGCGGUCACACCGGGGUACAAUACACCGCUGCUGAAGAACAGCCCCUCUCUCCCGAAGGGCAUUUGCAAAGCGCGGCAGUUUUUUCAAAUACCGAUGAUAAUCAAGACACUCGCAAAUGUGGGCCCGAUAAUGAAUGGAUGGCAGCGCAGCAUUUGCAAUUGGCGUUUGUUCAGCCACUCAUGGAACAGAUGGCGCAGCUGCGCAUGCAAUGUGAUGCUCUUUCGCAGCAGCAGUUACGCUCGGCUACCGAGGGAGAGACAUUGCAACUCGUUUCGAAUGACAUUAAGCUUGUAAAGGAAGCACUGUGCCAGCUGACACAAAGCCAUGCUGAGACGGUAGGGGACCUCCUGAAACUUCAUGGGGAGUUGAAAAAAUUGGCAAAGCGAGAGACCUUUGAACUGGAGAAGCGCCACUACUGCGAGGAAGAUCUGGAAGCGAGGAAAACCGCCUUGGAGGUGCUGCAGCGCUGCACCAAGCUAGAAACACAGCAAUAUGAAGAUCAACAGAAGGUGAAGAGCUUAACCACGAAGGUAAGAGAAUUGACCGCAAAGGUGGACCGUAGCGAAAAGGAGAACCUUGACCUUAAAAUGAAGCUUGCGACAGCUCAACGUCAAACCACGUUAAUGAGGGAAAAACUGAUGUCUUCGGGUCGUGAAGGCAGGAGUGUGUGA